UCCUCAUUCGUCUGUAUCAUGCAGACUUAAGUAGGCGAACAAUGAAGAACCAUUUAUACAGUGUGAUACAAACGUGUUUAUUAAAUUUAUAUGACAAAGUAAAGUAGUAUGGAAAUACCAGGGCGCCGAGCAGUAAAAGAUGGCAACAUCUCACUAGGACUAGUAUGUCAUCCCUGCCAAGAAGACAGUGUUACUCAACAGGCUCACGGAUAUUGCAUAAACUGCAAAGAAUAUUUGUGUGAGACGUGUUACAAAUAUCAUCGUCGGCCAAAACCGUUCAAGGACCAUGUUCUUAUUGAUGAAAAUAUUGAUGAAUACCAGUCAGAAAAGAUGUUAGACGAGACUCCUCCUCCAGUCCCAGAAAGGAAGAAUGUCUUUGAUACGAAAUGUAGAUUCCAUCGGAAUGAGGAUUUAAAAUAUCAUUGCAGAACACAUAAAAUAAUUGUCUGCAGCGUGUGUGCAUUAAAACAUCACACAGAAUGUAACGUAGAUUACAUUCCUGAAAUAUGCGACUCUGAAAGAAGGCUUCUAGUGCAAAAAAUCGAAUAUGUCGAGGGAAAAGUUGAAUAUAUACUUAAGCUAGAGAAGGAGGCUUUAUUAUUGGCUGAAGAAUCAUAUGAGUCGGUCUUGUCUGACCUCAUAUCUCAAAGAAUGCAAAUGACUAGAUAUUUUGAAGAAACCGAAAAAGAAAUCAGCGAUUUGGUUUUGAGAUUUCGCGAGGAAAGUAAGAAACGAGAGGAGGAAACGCUCGAAAUCGAACAGAAACUAAAAACUAAAAAAGAAGUACUGACAGAAACCACUCCUGGUUCUGAAAUCAAACAGUAUAUAUCAAUGCGCAAAACAGAUGAAGAAAUGGAUAACACAAAUGCGAAAUUACAAGGAGUGUUUUGCCGUGCAAGUCUGACCAUAGCUUAUAAACCACAACAGUCACAAGUAUUGGGAGAGGCGAUAGUUGAGCACCAAAAAGGAAACGUAGGGACUAGGAAAUUGAAGCUUCUUAGAAAGGUGAGUAUUGCUGGAGAGAAGGCGUCAUGCUCCAUAAUAGAUAUGGCAACUUCCCCAAACAAUCAAGUUUUGAUUGUUGCAGAUGUGAUAAAUAAUAGGCUUGUGAUCAUAUCGGAUGAAUAUGAUGUGACAUUUCAUCAAUUCGCGUCAAAACCUUGGGCAGUUACAUAUAUAUCGGAUACAGAGGUAGCAGUCUCUUUACCUGAAGAUAAACAAGUGAAAUUCAUUACUGUCGGUGAUAUCUCUUGUAAAAAUCGAAAAUCUAUCGAAGUUCCAGGGGCACCAUAUGGGAUAAGAUAUCGUAAAUCUGACUGUUCAUUGGUCAUUGUUAAUCAGGAAAGCCAAAGAUUUACCAUAGAAUAUUGGUCUCUAGAUGGAAAUUUUCUGCGCACUAUCACUUCACACGACUACGCUCUUGACCAUAUGACUCUUACAGCAGAUGGGAAAAUACUAUAUUCAUCAUCUGCAAAACACCUUGUCUGCUUGCUUGAGCCGGAUGGUACAGUGUUGAAAUCUUUUCAGUACGUUGAUGACAAUAUGCUUGGUCCGUAUGGAAUUGCGUCUGAUGCGUUUGGAAAUAUCUAUGUUUGUGGACAAAAGCGUUUACGCGUCGUAUCAAAAGAAGGGAAAUGGGAACAAAUUCUUGCUCAGGAGGACGGAUUUGCUCCGCAGUCUGUGCUUUUCUGUGACAAAACGAAAAGACUUUUUGUUGGUCAAACCAGAACGAAUAAAGAUGUACUAAUGUUUCAGAUUUGAAGCAAGUACAAUUAUAUACUAGUAUCAGUUUUCUCUAUAACUUUAUACGACCGGAGAGCAAACAGUCAGAAUAACACUUGUCUGCACAAGCUGGGGCUAGAAGGCGUGGACGGUAGCAUGCAUUUCCACUACCGUCUACGAACAGGCUCAGUUAAACCGAAGCUGCAACAUUUUUUAUUUUUGCAGAACACAAUUGCCUCUUUCUUCGGUGGGUUCAAAACCCCGUUCUUUCCAAAGCGUUUGUCUAUUUACAAUAAUAUUCCACGAACAUACUGGAUAAAGAAUGGAUAUUGUGUUAUACUAACAUAACAACGCAGGCAGUUUAGUUGUGCCAUUUUACUUGUAUAUUUUAUGUUUUCUUUCUUUAAAUGAUUGAUCAAAUAAAAAAUGUAUAAGUGCAAAAUGACAUUUUAGUAGUAUUUGUGUUUUCCUAACCCGGCAUACGUAGGUCAUCUUGGCAAAAUCAUCAUUAAAUAAUGCGCGCCCAUGAAGUCAAAGCCUGUUUUAUGUAAGCAAGUCAGCAUCGACUGUACAAUAUUUAAAAAGUUUUAAUUUUUUUCAGCUUUUAAGUAAUACUAUAUGUUGACUUCCAAGCUUAAAAUGACGCAGAUACCCCUUUUGGGAAUUAUUUCGGACACUGGAGGGAAACUGGGUAUAACCCGACCAUCUGGAAGCGAGCUUGAUUGCAUUCUCAUGUUAUGACUGCAGUGGGGUUCAAUCCGCAGAGAUAAGGGGCAAACGAGUCCAAGUAUGCGGCUGCUAUAAUUUCAAAUUACAUUGAUGAAGAAAAAGGGAAGUUAAGGAAAUAACAUUUGUUUCAGGAUAUCUGUUUUCUCUUUCCUUGGUUUAUUAAUGUACAAAAUAGUUCACAAAAAUACCGGCCUGCUGCUACACCACUGACAACACUACGAACCGUUUAUUAUACCGAUCUUGCUACAUUUUGAGGAUAGUUUUGGUACAAUGUUUUUUUCUGAGUUUAAAUCUUGAAAUACAUACACAGUGUAGCUCUGACCAUAGUGUAUUUUAACUUUCUAAAUUUUAGAAGAAAAAAAAAAAGAAUGAUUUUAUCCCAAUGGCAAUUAUAUGCCACUUCUAAAGAGGCGAGUGUAUGAUCAAUAUAUUCAGGAUUGGUCAUCAAGUAUAAAUACUAUGUCCAAGUUAGAGUAUUAUAAAAAGUAUAAAUGUACAUUCAAAUAUGAAACAUAUUUAGACUUAGUGUCAGAUGACAAACUUCACAAGAGUUUAACAUGUUUUAGACUAUGUUCACAUUCCUUGGAAAUUGAACUUGGGCGAUAUGCCGGUGUAAAUAGAGAAGACAGACAUUGUAGAAUAUGCAAUAAUAGAGAUGUUGAAUCAGAGUAUCACUUCUUACUUUGCUGCAAUAAGUAUACUGAUAUACGCAAUAACUACUUGGGCCAUAUGUCAUGGCCAUCUAUGAACAAAUUUGUUAAUAUCAUGUCCUCAGAAAAUAAAUGUAAAUUGCUUAGAUUAUGUAAAUAUGUAAAACAUGCUUUUUCGUUACGAACUGAUAUCCUUGAUACUUUACAAACUGUUCCUUAAUUGUUAUUGUGCAGACUGUUUGUAUUUUAGUAUAUGUUGAAUGUAUUGCCAUUUUCAUUGUAUGUAAUUGUAUAUGAUUGUAUUUGGCAAACGGCAAUUGUAUUUGUCGAUUUGCUUUAAUAAAACUUGAAACUUGGUAA